AUGAAGCUGUCCGUCCUUGGUAGCCUUGCUGGCGCCUUUGCUGCCGUGACGGCUGACGCCCACCACCCGUCGGCUCUGUUCCACAAUGACGCCCAUGCUGCUGCCCACCGGAUUCCCACCAGCUACGAGUCGGCCGUCAUGGGACGCCGCAUCCUUGGUCUUUCAAAGCUAGGCGAGCUGUCCACCGUUUUUCCUACCAAAAGGGAGGAUGACCUGGCGGGCGUCCCCAUCGGAAUGAUGGAUUACGUUGCCGACUGCGAGGAAGAAGGCAACCCUACGUUGCUAGCCAUCAAGAUCGCCACCAGUUUCAGGAAUGUGGAAGCUGGCUCCAACAUCUCCCUGUCUAUGCGCUGGAUCCCACCGUACCCUCCCGCCCGACGCAUCUCCUUUUUCUCGCGGCUCACAGCCUUUCUGUCCGGGGAUGCGUCCUACAACGAGGCCGCCAAUGCGACGCCCGACCCGGUGCCCUACUCGGCCGCCAACCUGCCUCGCUUCUCCCUGAUGGGGUAUCUGGAGCCCAUCAACCCUGAGCCAGUCGAGGCUGUUCGCCUAGCUGCAUGCUUCACGGGCCAGCACCGCGACGCAAAGUGGUGGCUGCCCGGCAACCCGAUCCACGAGAGCUCCUGGGCGAGACUGGUGGUGACGCACGUGUACUGGGUGGGAGGCUUUGGCGACAGAGCCUACAUUGGCCCUAUUCCGCUGGAGCAAUGGAAUAAUGUCACCCAGGAGGAGUGGUCCAGCAUUAAGCUUCCUGGUGAGGAGAAGGGCUGGAGCGAGUGGAGCGUCGGUGCCAGCGACGAGCUGUAG